AUGGAUACAGCCGAAGCAGCCAUCGAAGCCGAAGUCGAACUCGACCAACAAGCCCUCGCCGAACGACGAGCACAUAGACGAAGAGAUGGCGAAAGAGCAGCACAGAUUUCAAAAGGAGGAAUAGACAUCAACGUCGCGCACCGACAACGAGAAGACUACUAUAAUGGCGGUAAUAAUGCCUCAGACGAUGCGGGCGAAGACUCGCCUUUGCUCCGCCAACUCACACCAGAUGAUCGACGGCCAUCGUACGAGGUCGAGGAUUACUCCCAUCUACCCUGGUAUCGCCGACCCAGCGUCUUCUGGAUGCUCGGCCCCUUCCUCCUCAUGACCCUAGCAUUCGGCGGUUCGAUCCCACCCAAGAUCAACCUCACAUUGGAGUUGAUCUGUCGGCAAUACAUUUCUGAGCGCCAGCUCGCAGACCCAGCCUUCACAAUGGUGCCCGUCGACUUCGGAAGUGGCGAUAACGAUCAAUGCCGUAUCCCCGAAGUUCAGUCCCGCGUAGCCCUCUUUACGCUGUGGGGGAGUCUGCUAGCGGGUGUCUUCUCGGCGAUCACGAGUCCGAAGCUGGGUGCGUUGUCGGAUAGGUAUGGGCGCAAACCUAUACUUAUCUUCACCUCCAUCGGCACGAUCUGCGCGGAGAUCAUCACGAUCUUUGCUGCUCUCUACCCGGAGACUUUCCCCGUAGAUCUGCUGCUCGUGGGGUACGCCAUUGACGGCCUCUUCGGGUCCUUCAUCGUAGCCAUGGCCAUCGCGAAUUCUUACGCUGCGGACUGCACACCGCCUCAGCUGCGGAACGUGGCGUUUGGAUAUUUCCAUGGUUGCCUCUUCUCUGGUCUCGCGCUAGGUCCCAUACUUGCUGGAUACCUUGUGAAAUGGACGGGACACAUCGUAGUGGUAUUUUACAUCCUCCUCGCCGUCCACACCUUCUUCGUCCUCUUCAUCGGCUUCGCAGUCCCGGAAUCGCUGUCCAAGAAACGCCAAUUCGCGUCCCGUGAGAAACACCGCAAGGAGCUGGCGGAACUUGGUCCAGCAAGCGAUUGGGUCUGGUGGGGUCGUCAGGUCAACUUGCUCGAGCCCCUCAAGAUCUUGUGGCCGACGGGUCGUCAUUCCAGCUCGAAGCUGAGGUGGAACCUGAUCGUCCUUGCGGCCGUGGAUACCAUUGCCUUUGGUGUUGCCAUGGGCAGUAUGACUUUAGUGCUGAUUUACACGAACUACCAGUUCGGCUGGAAGACUUUCGAGUCCUCGCGGUUCAUGAGUAUUGUCAACAGCUCACGAGUCUUCUGUCUUAUUGUCGUGUUACCGCUUAUCACUCGCCUCGUGAGGGGGAAAGUGGAUGCGAAGAAAAAGAAUACGGGCUCUGAUGAUUUUGACCUUACCGUCAUCCGGGUAGCGAUCCUGUUCGAUACGCUUGGGUACCUGGGCUAUGCUCUUUCGAGGGACGCAGGACUGUUCAUGCUUUCGGGUGUGGUGGCGGCUAUUGGUGGGAUUGGGUCACCUACUCUUCAGUCAGCGCUGACAAAACACGUCCCUGCGGACCAGACUGGACAAUUGCUUGGUGCUAGUGGGCUGUUGCAUGCGCUGGCCAGGGUGGUAGCCCCGACGGCGUUCAAUGCAAUCUACUCUGCUACGGUCGGCAAGUAUACACAGACGGUCUUCGUAUGUCUGGCCGCUACGUUCGGGUUGGCGUUCGUGAUCAGUUGGUUUAUUAGGCCACAUGUCUACCUGGACCCCAGCGAUAUGAAAGACGAAGAUGAGGAAGUCGACGAGACUACCAAUGCCAGCGCCAACAUACCGAUUGUUUCGAGCAUUGGAGCAGUGGUAACUUCCGUUGUUGGCAAGGUCGUGUCGGGUUGA